AUUUAUUGAUUUCAGAUCACAAAAAUGUGCGGAAUUUGGGCGAUAUUCGGAGCCAAGGACGGGGUGAACCUAAAAUGCAUCAAGUGCUUCGCCGCGAUUACUCACCGCGGGCCGGACGCGUGGCGCGUCGAGCAAGACGCACGAGAGCCCGGCGCGCUGCUGGGCUUCAGUCGCAUCGCCAUCGUCGACGGCCUACACGGCAUGCAGCCCAUGAAACUGCACCGCUACCCCCGCACCACCCUCAUCUGCAACGGCGAAAUCUUUAACUGCAAACUCCUGCAAACCGAACACGAUUUCCCCUACGAGACAAACUGCGACGUCGAGGCCAUCAUCCACUUGUACCACAACUUCAGCAUCGCUGAGGCCGUUAGGAGGCUUGACGCGGAAUUCGUCUUCUGUCUGGUUGAUGGCGAGCAAAGGAAAAUUUACUUAGCCAGAGACCCAUACGGUGUCCGCCCGAUGUUCCGCUUCCAUGACCCAGAGAGCGGUACCAUGGGCAUCUGCUCAGAAGCUAAAGGGUUAGUCGGAAUCAAAGAAUCCGCCAGUGAAACGGCGAUAUUAGAACCAUUUCCACCCGGCCAUUUCCAAAUUUGGAGUAUGCUUGAGGGCGGUAAGGUAAAAUUGGAUCAUACGGAGAAAUUUUUCAAGCCGGGAAUGUCCCUAAAUUAUAAACCGUAUGUCCCAGCAAGUGUUCUGGAAAAAAUGAAUGUUCACGAGAAAACGGCACAUUUACUAGAAGCAGCCUGCUGCAAGAGAUUGAUGUCGGAUCGUCGAAUCGGGUGCUUCCUCAGUGGUGGACUGGAUUCUUCGCUAGUCACUGCUUUGGUGGUUAAACUCGCGAAAGAAUGCAAACUGCCAUACAAAAUACAAACAUUUGCGAUAGGAAUGGGAGAUUCCCCAGAUUUAGCUGCGGCUCGAAUCGUAGCGGAUCAUUUAGGCACAGAGCACCAUGAAGUCCAAUUUGAUGAGAAUGACGUACGAGAAGCCUUAGACAACGUGAUCUAUCAUCUUGAAACAUUUGACAUUACCACGAUCCGCGCGAGCAUUCCUAUGUAUCUAUUGUCAAAGUAUAUAAAGGAGAAAACUGACACUACGGUAGUGUUUAGCGGGGAAGGCGCCGAUGAGGUGGCUCAGGGCUAUAUAUAUUUCAGAGACGCACCUUCUGCAGAGGCAGCGCAUGAAGAAAGCUUACGACUGCUAUCAGAUAUCUACUUAUACGACGGCUUGAGAGCAGACCGCACAACGAGCGCGUUCAGCUUAGAACUCAGGGUACCGUUCUUAGAUAUUGAAUUCACCCAUCAUUUUCUAGGCACGGACCCGAAAUUGCGCCAGCCACAAGAUGGAGUAGAGAAAUAUCUGUUACGGAAAAGUUUUGCGAACAGCGAUCUGCUACCAGACUCUAUACUGUGGAGACAUAAAGAGGCGUUUUCAGAUGGCGUGGCGUCAGUGAAGAAGUCCCUAUUUACAACAAUAGGAGAAAUUAUAUCAGACCGGUACAAAGAGGAGCCUACUCAGUACAAGGGCGUCCAGCCUACUACGACGGAGUCAAAAUAUUAUCGUCAUGUAUUUGAAAAAUCAUUCCCGGGCCAAUAUAAUUUCACACCAUACUACUGGAUGCCCAAGUGGGUCGAAGUCUCAGAUCCUUCUGCGCGGUUCAUAAAACAUUAUGCUGCUAAAUAA